GCCUGACGGCUCGCAUUCCACCACAACUCUUUCGAAAUCUGCAUUAAUUUCUUUCAUUCAUUCCUCACUGUUCUCUUCUACACUAAAAAGCAUACAACACAAAGACAAAACCCCAAUUUACUCCCUUCCUGCAUCUCUCUAGCAAUGUGAGACAAUGAUGCCCACAUGCUUUCUUUUAUUGUUCACUUAACCUCAUAAAAACAACGCAUUCUCUUUUUUUAAUUUCCUAGACAUGGGCUCUUACCCUUUUACUCCUUAUCUCCACUGAUUUUCUGGAAGACUUUCUUGCUCUCUCAAUCUUUUGUGACGAAAGCUGAUCAGCGAUCAUCCCUUUUCUUCUGGUCUUAUCUGUGGGCUUACUUGCAUACUAAGGGGCUGUAAGGUGUCUUCUUAAGGAAGAUUCUACAGUUAGGUUCGAGGAGACAGGCUUUUGUUUGUGUGUCCUUUCUGUUAUUUUCAAUACAUUAUGAAGGUUUCUGGUCUCUGGAUUUUGUACUUGAUGGUUGGGACAGCCUUAAUGUUCCUUAACUGCUCAUCAGGCACGACUUGCUUGGCAAUUACUGAUAUGGUCUUCACUGACUCUCGUGGUAGCAUGACAAUGGCAACAACAAGCAGGAAGCUCAAGGAAAAUGGCUAUGAUCUGAAAGAUGAUGUUAAGACCAGUGCACACAACGUGAACCUGGAAGAUUACCACCCUAUCGAUCCAGUUCCAAGUUCAAAAGCUUCCAUAAAACCUGGUCCUAUUGAGCAUGGCACUCCUCUUAACCCAUAUAUUCCCAAGCCUUCUCCUCCUGGUCCUGGUCAUCCAAAACCCUUGGGUUAGCUUGGUGAACAUACUCAUUUCUCAAAAAUGAUGUAGCCCUUAAUCUCUAUCUGGUGUUUUGUGUACGUGCCUUGCCUGUUUUAAUGUCUACGUAUAGCCAACUCAUGUAUCCUGCUUUGCUUGGUUUGAAUUUUCUUGUAAUUUGAUGGUGUUCUUGGGAUUUGCUAUCCUUCAACAAUAACUCUAAUGUUUAUGCAGUGAAUUAAUGGAGUAAGAUCGCUUUCUUCCC